GGUAGAUGGCGCUGGCUGUCGUGCAGACGUUUGCUUUUCACCAUAUUUGUUAUCGUCGUGCUGUUCGCACGGUUCGCGGUCUUGUUGUGUUUAUGGCCGUCAUAUAGCAUGGCCAGCGAAGUACAGAAAGCCCAGCUAGCCUCCCAUACGGGGGAUACGAUUUUCGGAAAGAUUGUCAGAGGCGAGAUACCAACAAAAUUCAUCUACGAAGAUGACCAGUGUGUCGCCUUCCAUGACGUAAACCCCCAAGCACCGACCCAUUUUUUGGUAAUUCCAAGAAAGCCUAUUCCACAACUUUCAGUAGUAUCAAAGGCUGAUGAAGCUAUCUUGGGACAUCUGAUGUACGUGGCUCAGAAGGUAGCCAAGGACCUUGGCCUGGCUAAGGGCUUUCGGUUGGUAGUCAAUGAUGGUCACCAUGGUUGCCAGUCUGUGUACCAUCUUCACAUCCAUGUUCUUGGUGGACGGCAGAUGGGGUGGCCACCCGGCUAAUGACAUUGUUCGUGUUCAAGUUUGCCAGGUUACCUUUAGGGGAUGAACCUUUGGUGCAUGGAAUAAAGGCUGUUAUAUGGAU